AGAGAGGCCUCGCAUAUGGACUCCUGUGCACCGCCGCUCUAGUUCCCCCCUCCAGUCUCUUUAGUUCGUUUUCCUCGUUAGGGGCUUCAUCUCCGGGCGGCAACGUCAUCUGGAGUGGACGCAGGAGUGAGGGGGCGCAAUAUGUAGGCGCGACACGCCGCCGCCGCCGCCUCCUCCGAACUGUUUUCUCUGUGUGUGUGUAUGUGAGGGGAAGGGAUGAUGGAAAAAAAAGGCGAACCUUAAUGCCGCAGCGAGCUAAGUGUGAGCCUCGUCAGCCACCAUCGCUCCCGAGAGGCCCCACCACAGGCGGAGCCUCGCCGGCCACCGUUCGUCCGUCAGCCGCGGCAGACUGACCGCGAAGCUUGCGGCUGAUCCUCUCCUCCGGGUUUUUUUUUAUUUCAAUUUUUUUACCUCAGGCGAUGGAGCGAUGGGGCCGGAGGCGGCUCGGCCUCGUCGACGGGCGGCAGGUCUCGCUCGCUACCGCCGCCUCUGCCGCCCUCCUUUUCCUCCUCCCGCUGCUGGGGUCGGUCGCGGCGGCGGGAGCGGCUGAGGCGAAGGAGUGCGACAAGCCGUGCGCCAACGGAGGGCGCUGCCAGCCCAGCACCGGCCAGUGCGAGUGCCAGCCCGGCUGGGUCGGGGACCAAUGCCAGCACUGCGGAGGCCGCUUCCGGCUUAAUGGAACUUCAGGGUAUGUAACAGAUGGACCUGGAAACUAUAAACACAAAACGAAAUGCACAUGGCUCAUUGAGGGAAGGCCGAACUCAAUCCUUAGGCUCCGUUUUAAUCAUUUUGCAACGGAAUGCAGCUGGGACCACUUGUACGUAUAUGAUGGGGAUUCAAUUUACGCUCCAUUACUGGCUGCUUUUAGUGGCCUCAUCGUUCCUGAGAGGGAGAGCAACGAGACGGUCCCAGAAGUUGUAGCCACCUCUGGUUAUGCCCUCCUCCAUUUCUUCAGUGAUGCGGCUUAUAACUUGACGGGGUUUAACAUCACUUACAACUUUGAUGUGUGUCCCCAUAACUGCUCUGGGAGAGGGGAAUGUAAGCCCACUAACAACAGCAAAGUGGUUGAAUGUGAGUGCUCAGGACAUUGGAAAGGUGAAGCCUGUGAUAUUCCAUACUGCGCAGAUGCCUGUGGCUCCCCAGAGAGAGGGCGUUGUAAUGUAAAUGGUACCCAAGGAUGUGAGUGCCACUGGGACUGGCAAGGUACAGACUGUUCAGUACCCAUUCCAGCAAACCAAUCAUUCUGGACUCAAGAUGAAUUCUACAUCCCCAAACUUCCUAGAGCAUCUCAUAAAGCCAUAAUCCAAGACGAUGUUAUGUGGGUGGUUGGUGGUUACAUGUUCAAUCACACGAAUGCUCAAAUGGUUUUGGCAUAUAAUCUUGUUUCUGGAGAAUGGUUGCCCCUGAACAGCAGCGUGAAUGCAGUCGUGAUCAGAUAUGGGCAUUCUCUGGACUUACACGAAAAUAAAAUCUACAUGUAUGGAGGCAAAAUAGAUGAAUCUGGAAAUGUAACCAAUGAGCUGUGGGUGUUUCACAUUUCAAACCAAUCAUGGGUUCAUGUGACCCCAAACGCCAAGGAGCAAUACGCUGUUGUUGGCCACUCAGCACACAUUGUCACACUGGAAGAUGGUGCCGUUGUGAUGCUGGUCAUCUUUGGGCACUGCCCUCUUUAUGGAUACAUCAGCAGUGUGCAGGAAUACAAUCUGGCUACAAAUACGUGGAGCAUUUUACAGACAAGUGGAGCCUUAGUUCAAGGAGGCUAUGGCCACAGCAGCGUGUAUGAUCCAAACACCAAGUCUGUCUACACCCAUGGAGGUUACAAGGCAUUCAGUGCCAACAAAUACAGGUUAACUGAUGAUUUAUACAAGUAUGACGUUAAUAAGGGCAAGUGGACAAUUCUUAAAGACAGCAAGUUUUCUCGAUACUUGCAUUCUGCUGUGAUCAUUAGUGGGACCAUGCUGGUGUUUGGCGGAAACACUCACAACGACACCUCUAUGAGCCAUGGUGCCAAGUGCUUUUCUUCAGACUUUAUGGGUUAUGAUCUAGCUUGCGAUCGUUGGUCCGUGUUGCCUCCACCUGACCUCCCUCAUGAUGUCAACAGAUUUGGACAUUCCGCUGUGCUGAGCAACAAUACUAUGUUUGUAUUUGGAGGUUUCAAUAGCCUCCUGUUGAGUGACAUCGUGAAAUAUACCCCGGAAAGCUGUGAAGCAUGUAUCAAUGAAACCACCUGCUCGAGGGCAGGCCCUGGCCUCCGAUGUGUGUGGAAUAGCUCCAUUGCCCAGUGUCUCCCCUGGGAACUGGCCACAGUGCAGCAACAAGAAAGAACUAUCGAGGAAUGCUCUUCCUGGCAAGUUGUGGAUCAUGAAAAAUGUGCUCUGAUGACCGACUGCAACAGUUGCACGUCCAACACAAACGGUUGCCAUUGGUGCACAGACCAGUGUGUGUCGAGGAACAGCAACUGCUCCGAAGACCAGGCUCCCAUUGCUGUGUUUGCAAAUUGCCCCAAGGAUAACCCUGCCUUUUACUGUAACAAGAAGACCAGUUGUAAGAGCUGCAGCUUGGAUCAGAACUGCCAGUGGGAAGGCCGGAAUCAAGAAUGCAUUGCUUUGCCUGAGAACAUCUGUGGGGCGACAUGGCACUUGGUUGGCAGUUCUUGUUUGAGAAUCACAAACACCAAAGAUAACUAUGACAAUGCUAAGUUGGCCUGCAGGAGCCACAAUGCUGUUCUGGCAUCACUCACUACCCAGAAAAAGGUGGAUUUCCUUCUCAAAGAGCUCCAGAAAACACAGUCUUCGCCCAAAGCCCUGACGCCAUGGGUUGGACUGCAUAAGAUCAACAUAUCAUAUUGGUGCUGGGAAGAUAUGUCUCCCUUUAUGAACACCUCGCUCCAGUGGCUGCCUGGGGAGCCAAGUGACAUCGGAUUCUGCAGCUAUUUGGCAGUGCCAAGCAAUCAAGGGCUGAAAGCAGCGAUGUGCAUCAACCAAGUCAAUGGCAGUGUCUGUGAAAGGCCUGCCAACCACAGCGCCAAGCAGUGCCGUACACCCUGUGGCUUGAGAACAGUGUGCAGCGAAUGUACCAGCAGCAACUCUGAAUGUAUGUGGUGUAGCAGCAAGAAGCAGUGCGUAGAUUCAAACGCAUACGUGGCCUCUUUUCCUUACGGCCAGUGCAUGGAGUGGCAUACCGUGAGCAGCUGUCCACCUGAAAAUUGUUCUGGCUACUUUACUUGUAGCCACUGUAUGGAACAACCUGGCUGUGGCUGGUGUACAGAUCCCAGUAACACAGGCAAGGGCAAGUGCAUUGAAGGCUUUUUCAGAGGUCCGGUAAAGAUGCCACCUUCACCUCCACCAGCAACAGGAAAGUCCUAUCUAGAACCUGUCCUUGAUCCCAGCAUGUGCCUGCAUGAGAACAAAUACAACUGGUCCUUUAUUCAGUGUCCAGCCUGCCAGUGUAACGGGCACAGUAAAUGUGUAAAUGAGAGCGUCUGUGAAAGGUGUGAGAACCUGACAACUGGCAAACAUUGUGAAACCUGCAUCUCUGGUUACUAUGGAGAUCCCACAAACGGAGGGACCUGUCAACCUUGCAAGUGUAAUGGCCACGCUUCUAUCUGCAAUGCAAACACAGGGAAGUGUUUCUGCACCACAAAAGGAAUCAAAGGAGAGGAGUGUCAACUGUGUGAGGUCGAAAACCGAUACCAGGGCAAUCCUCUCAAAGGAACAUGCUACUACACUCUCCUUAUCGACUAUCAGUUCACCUUCAGCCUUUCGCAAGAAGAUGAUCGUUAUUAUACGGCAAUCAAUUUUGUAGCAACGCCUGAAGAGCAAAAUAGAGACCUGGACAUGUUUAUCAAUGCUUCUAAAAACUUCAACCUCAACAUCACUUGGUCAACAAGUUUUGCAGCUGGUACCCAGGCAGGGGAGGAGAUUCCGGUGGUUUCAAAGAGCCAAAUCAAGGAAUACAAGGACAGCUUCUCCAAUGAGAAAUUUGACUUCCGCAACAAUCCCAACAUCACUUUCUUUGUCUAUGUCAGCAACUUCACCUGGCCAAUUAAGAUACAGAUUGCAUUCUCACAGCACAGUAACUUUAUGGACCUGGUACAGUUCUUUGUCACCUUUUUCAGCUGUUUCUUGUCUCUGCUGCUUGUGGCUGCUGUGGUUUGGAAGAUUAAGCAGAGCUGCUGGGCAUCACGUCGGAGAGAGCAACUGCUCCGGGAGAUGCAGCAGAUGGCCAGUCGCCCCUUUGCCUCCAUCAACGUUGCCUUAGAAACAGACGAGGAACCACCUGAUCUCAUUGGAGGGAGCGUUAAGACGGUCCCCAAACCCAUAGCGUUGGAGCCCUGUUUUGGUAACAAAGCUGCUGUUUUCUCAGUAUUUGUGAGGUUGCCUCGAGGCCUGGGAGGCAUCCCCCCACCAGGGCAAUCAGGUCUCGCGGUGGCCAGUGCGCUGGUGGACAUUUCACAACAAAUGCCUAUUGCCUACAAAGAGAAAUCGGGAGCGGUACGAAAUCGCAAACAGCAGCCUCCAGCCCAGCCUGGGACUUGUAUUUGAUGCAUGGACAUCAGAACUGCCUUGUUAGGGUUUUAAACACAAGGGGUUGCCUGGGCGGAGAAGGACAAAAAGGUUUUGCAAGGUUUGUGGCACAAAGGAGACCUUGAAGCACCGGGGGCAACGUUUCUGGCAGCACCCAGUCCUUCCUCUUGGCGUGGGCGUCGUCUCAGUUGGCUUUCUUUUGACAUCUGCUCCAACUUAGAUUUGCCGAUCCCAUUGUGUUUUUAUGUUGCUCUCCCCCAUCCAGCUAAAGGGCCUUUUGUUGCAAGUCCAUCUCCGCUGCUGAAGGUUGGCAACAGGGAAGAGCCACGUGAAGACAAAGAACUCUUGGCUAUUAUAGGUGGAAAGUGCUUUGUCAUAUUUGAUCUUUCCCCAGUUGCCCAAGAAAAGAUGCAGCGCUUAUAGAUAAUUUUCUGCCCUGGGCGGUUAGACCCCAGGAUUUAAGGAGAAGCUAACUCAAUUUCCUCCAGGAACCCAGUGUUGUAUGAAAAAAUUAUAUUUAUUUCUACCUUAUUUAGGGCUCUCUUCCAAACAUAAUACAUUCAUUGGGUUGGGGUUAUGUUUGCAGCUUUAUUUUCAUCCACCUGACUAUGUUAAAGUGAGGGAUGGAAUUGAGUAUGGCUGGGUGCUAUGCAUUGCUUCACCUAAAUGUUCCUUUCCAGGAAGAUUCAUGUUUUUCAUGUGGAUCUAUGUGGUAGAAAUGUGUGCAAGUUCUCCCAAGGUUUUAAGCAGAGCCAGGAAGCCAGGGGCAUAAUUGGCACAGCUAGGUUCUUACAUGACAACAUUCCUCUUUUACCUUGGGCAAUCUGUGGCCUUCUGUGUGCCGCAGCCAGUGUAGAGCAUAAGGACACUGACCUGUUUCAGGGCGAUGGAGCAGUGGCAAUGGCAAGGGAGGGCACUGGAGCGCAGUAGCAAAUCCGCAUUCCUUAUUGUCAUCUGACAUUCUGCUUCCAUCUGAGGCAGGGAUUGCAUUGACCUUUCCUGAUUCAGGAAAUGCCCAACCCCCGGGGACCUUUUCUUUUACCACACUGGAGGAGUGAAUGUGGGAAGGCCACUUCCUGUAUGCUCUGAAGAGUGGCUCCUUCUGUUUGAAAGGCUCUUGUUGCCUUCCCUUUCCUAAGGAAAGGCCAGGAGAUGUGGGUCUGACACUUGGUGGCACCCUUCAGGGCCUCUGUUUGCAUCUUGAGAAGCAGAGAUGCUGCUGCUUAAAGACAAAGGGGCCUUUCCGUUUGGCCCUUUAGCACUGCCCCUUGGAUGGUCCAGGCUCAGUUGCCAUUGUACAUUUUAGAGCAGCUUCCAUUUAUUUGCCCUUGAUAAAUCCUGGGAAGUUUUUGGUAGCAUUUGUGUACAUUGUAGACAGAGAUCAGCAGAAAAGUGGGGUUUUAUUAUCUGGGAGCAAUAAAAGCAGGAGCCUGGAGAAGCAAGGAGUUUUGGCUUGGGACUUGGGUUGCUCCAAAUUGAGGAGGCAUUACAGAAUCAACAAGUGUUUGAAAUUGCUAUAACUCACAUUUUCACUUGUUCUUAACUCCUGUUACGUCCCCUCUGAAGAGGAGAGCAAUCUAGCUUCCAAAAUGGGAUGAGGACAGUCAACACAUCACCCCAGUUUGCUUAAAGUUUGUUUUACUUACAAAUGGACUGUUGAUGAUUGCUUUACAGUGCAUGCCACCCCAGUUAGUUACAGCAAGAAUAGUAUUGAAAUUGCACUUAUGCCUCCCAAGGAAAGCCCCCCAGUUGCCUCCCUGCACGCAUGCAUUCAGCAACAGCAAAGGUUCCCCCUGUCACUGUUGUAUGGCUUCCACUCCACCAGCCAGGAGAAAUCUCUAGCACUGCAUUAGCCAGAGAAACCCUUGAGCCACCUGGUCAUCUCACACGGGCAAGAUGUGUCUGGAUUAGGGCCACAAAGGAGGAAAUGAUGUCUUGCUCAUGCUGUGGGCAAGUUGCCCUGUGUCAUAUGUCACCGUGUGUGUGUGUGUGUCCCCCCCCCCGAGACAUUCUUGGCCUGGAGCAUUAGUGGGGGAUGUACAAGUGAUGGCAUCAGCUAAGCCCCCCUCGUGUUCUUGGGUGAUGCAGAAAUAUCAUUUUUGGCAGCAUCAAGUGUUGUGUGUGAGCUUAAACUUGGAGCAACUGCAUCUCUCCCCCACCCCCGCCCCCUUCACUUUUGAAUGCAAUAACGUGUUGUAGUUGUCUGUUGAGUGGGCUCUCGGGGAUGGAGGAAUGGGAGAGACAAAGAUCUGGAAUUCUUGGGGGGGGAGCUGUGCUCCUGGAAUUAGCCAUUCAUUUGCAUCUCGUAACAAAUGAGUGGUGAGUGCAAUGUUGCAGUUGUGCAUAUUAAUGAUCUCUUCUUCCUGAACCCCACAGAACUGGAACAAAUGUGUACAAUUAAAACAGCAUCUCUUCCCUCCACCCUCCCAUUUGUUUCCUUGGUUGGAAUUAUCUUUGGAAAGCUGGGGAGAAGCGGAAGGGAGGAAAUUACCUUCUGAAGUCCUUCCCCCACCCCCAAUAGCAAGGAGUGCACCAUGUUGGGGAAGUCUGUGUUGGAAUGAUCAACUCUGGGUUUCCUUUCCUGUGGAAAAGAGCCUGGAGCCAUUGUGGCAAAGGCUGCAAGAGUCAAGGAUGAACCAGGCCCUGCCAGCUUCCUGCUCUUGGCCAUCCAGUUGGCUGGUUUGGGGAGCACAGACCUGGUGGGCUGGGGGUGCACGUGUUCGCCUGCCGUCUCUUCCGGUGUACACCAGCAAUGUUGCUUUCAUUUGUACACUGAGGAGGGGGGAUUGUAAAGUUUACUCCACCACUACCACCACCACUCAGGCAGAGAACGGAAAGUCCCAUUCCCAAGCAGUGCUGCACUUAAACAGCAAUAUUCAUGAAAACAUGGAAAGCGUACAGAAUUAAUCCAGCCCUUGGAUUAGACAACAGUCAAAAACAUGAAACUAGAAGCCAUGCGUGUUUCAGGGAGCAUGUCCAUUCAAAGGACUUUCGGGUCUUAGCCCUGCUGAGCCCAUAAACUACAUAUAAGUCUAUUUAAGAAGAGCCCUCUUACAUGUGCCACCAGCCACAUAGUUUUGUCUCCAUCUUCAAAGGUCUGUGAUCAGCUUGGUAGUUUGGAGCAUUGUUUCCCAGAGUGGGGAAAGUAAAACAAAAAUGAAGCCCAUCUUCCCAUAGUAACUGCAUAUCUGAAUUAAUUGGGCAGCAUCUAACCAGGAAUAUCUUUUGCACAAACUACCUGUAAAUGAAUGGAGGUUGCGCAGGACCACCUUGAAAUGAACAGGUCUUGUGCAAGUUCUGAUGCUUCUAUUUCAUUGACAUCUGCCAGCUCUUCUGUUUUUCAGUGACGGGAUGUUUGAGGUCUUUAAAGGCAUUCACCAAGCCAUCUUUGGGGAUCUGAAUUGUAUAGAGUUUGAAGCUCUGGGGGCAACUGGACUACUCUGUAGGAACCCUCUUUUAAUAUUGGGUGUGCUUGUACGUUCCUGUUCUCAGACAUUUCCUCCCUCAAUUAUGCAUUUUUUCCUGGCAUGUUUCAUGUGUCCCAGAGACUGCUGCCAUCUAGGAACCUUCUAAGAUUUGGCCUGUAAUCUGCCCUCAAAAGGAAGCCAGGGUCUCUGGCAAUGCCUCUUGCACGCCCCUCAGAGUUGUCAAGCCAAACAUUUACUGUGCCACAGAUGCCAAAGCCGUGGCUUUCUCUGAGUGCCUGUUGGCUGAGAUUCUUUUCCUCCACUCCUGAAUCUCCUAACUGUGGCAAAUUGCAAAUGCUGAAAGAGUGACAGCCUGUGAAAACACCUCUUGACAGGUAUCUGCUUCUGUCUAGUUACCAUGCACACUGUAUGGGGAAAAAAAUCCCACCACAGAGACGUGUCAGUGUGAGAGAAUAUAUUCACUGGGUCUCCAGUAUGCUUAUAGAAUUACUGUCAGAAAUGGGGUUUGACAAAAUGCAUGCUGGGUGUGUGUACGUACAUGUGUGCAUGUGAAGGCUAAGGCUUUGGCUCUGAGUGUAGCUUUGUGGCAAAGAGGCUGAGCCUGUAAACCAGGAAUUGAACCUUGCCUCUCCCAGGAACUCAGCAAUUGGUUUUGGGCAAAUCUCUCUCUCUCUCUCUCUCUCUCUCCCCAUUCACACCAACUGCAGUUCUGACCUACCUUACAGGGUUGUUGAGUUUGUAUGUGAUGCAUUUCAAACACUGCAAAGUGCUAUAAAUGUUGUUUAUUUAAAAAAAGAGGGAGCAGCCAUCAUCCUUCCACCUGCAUGGGCUGCUUGUGAAAUAAAUAAAAGCCCAAAUUCCCCUCCGACCCACGCCUAAAACAGCUUUCUGGACUCUGCCCCAUUAUCAUAGGCUAGCUGUGGCCAACCUGGCUUUGGACUACAACUCCCAUAGGCCUCAGCCUGAUGUUUUCCCAAACAUCUGAGGGCACCAGGAUGGUAAAGUCUGUCGUAGGCAAGAGCAAAAAUGGUUUCCUUUCAUGUAAUAGCUAUAAACCAAAGCUUUAUGGUGUUGGGGUAUUCAUGCAUGCAACACAAUAGCCUGAAGAGUGGCCCCCUGGUGACGGGGGGAGCCCCGGUACACCCAAAUCUCUGGGUAUGUGGACUGCAGCCAUGGGGCCACAGCCAAUGUGUCACAUUGGGAGCACCGUGGCUUGAUGGCACAUUAUUUUGCCCCCUUUGGACCUUCACCCCUAUCAUCUGAAAGCUGCUCCAAGGCAGUCAGGCACGAGGCAUAGGAGAGUUGUUUUGAAUCGGUUACCCGCUUACCUUCCUCCCUGGGUGUCCUUUCUCCAUUUGGGAAGCUGAAUUUGAACACGUGGGCUCUGGUUCCCAAGGCCCAGGGAAGAAGAGCUCUUUUGUAUGUCAUGGCAGGGAAAGAUGGAGUCCAACAGCAGCUAGCUGGGGCUGAUGGGAAUUGUAGUCCAAAACAUCUGGAAGGCACCAGGUUGGGGGAGUUGCGCAUAAAGGAGGACAGGAGCAGAAGAGGUGACCAGCUCUGGCGGAGCAGUCCAGUGGGCUGCCUGCUCACCUGGCAUCCGGAGAAAAGUUUCCCUGUAAAAGAGGCCCUCAAAAGACCGAGUCAAUGGUGUGUAUGGGUACUGAAAUAUCCUCUAGGGCAGCAGGGGGAGCCAACAUGGUGACUUCCAGAUGUUGUGGGACUACCACUCUCAUCAUCCCUAGCUAGCAUGGCUAAUGAACAGGGGUGAUGGCAGCUGUAGUCCCACAACAUCUGGAGGAUGCUGUUCCCUGCUCUAGGAUGCUGUGAUAGGAGACACACACACACACAUACCCUGGCCUAAUUAGGCUAGGCAACAGCUUGGGAAAAGAGCCCGCUUAGAUCGGGCUGAGGACCCAUCCAGUCGAGGAGUCUGGUUCUUCCAAUGGUGGCCAGCCAAAUGCCUCUGGCAAGCUGUCCAAAAGUGGGUCAUGAAGCCAACAGCCCUCUCUCUCCCUCUCUUUUUUCCACACAUCCCCAGCAUUCAGAGAAAGAGAGACUGUCUCUGUGGGCUGGUUCUAUCUAAAGCCAUCUAAGCCCGAUGGCCAUUGCCAACACUGUGUCUAUAAUUGCCACAUCUGCCAUUUUUGUGAGCCUGUCCCACUUGGUGGAAUUCAGGCUGCUUGUCCUGACAAAUUCUCAUUCCCUUGCUUUCAGCGAGGACUUAGUGCCAAGUUACCUUUUUCUGGGGUGUGUUGUGAUGCAGGUUGGGGUUCCUUCGUUUUUGUCUCUGCAGGCGCUCUGUAGUAUCUUAGGCUAGGAGGCUGAAAGUGCUUUCACUCCUUUCUUAUUCUAAUAAAUCCUGGUACCUGCUACCUUUUUCUAGGACCUAAAAACAGUUAGGUUUGGGAUGAGGUGGCAGUGCUGAUUGCAUCACUUCUCCCUCCACUCCACUUUUUCCCUCUCAGCAAAACUUUGCCAAUGAACUCUUGUUUUCCCUAGAAAAAGCACCGUCUUUUGUGUCUUCCAGAUUCAGAAUGCUUUUGACACUUGAGCCUGGUCUCUUUGCAUCAGGAAUCUGCUCCAAUACUCAAACCGUGGUGCGGAAAUUAAGUGAAAUUUGUCAUGGUGUGUAUAACAAUGUGGGUCCUUUUUAAAAGAGAAAGAGGGAGCCCAUACAUUUCUGAAAUUUCUGCACAAAGAAGUCUUUUCUUGAGUUCUUGAACUAAUUUUCUCUUAGGAAUUCUUUGUUUUUCUUCCUCCUAUAGUUCUUUCUUUAAAAAAAAACCCCUAUUAUUCUGCAUUUGGACUUGAGCUUUAGUUCUGUUCAUAUGUAUAAUUUAGCCUUUAUUGCAUUCAUAUGUAAAUAACGAGUAAGUAUUGUAAAGUAUUUCAUUGCUGGGGGUGGUAUAAAAAUACACAUUUUAGGGCUGCUGGUUUUUUGGUAUUUUUUUGUAUUGUAAAAAAAAAUAACAGCUAAUUUAAAACCAGGAACAAGGUGACAAAGACGUGCAUUUUGAAACACCAAUGUGAAGUAUAUGUAUAUAAAUAAAAGUAAAUAAUGAACAAAAACUUUUUUCCUUUCUGGAAUAAAAAAGAUGAUGAUCUGGUUAAAAA